AUGACUUCCUCAAUGACUCCCAUGGAAGAUGCCAUCAAGCAAAAGAUCACGCAAGAGUUGCAGCCCACUUCUCUAGAAAUUUUCAAUGAUUCUCACAAGCAUGCCCACCACAAGGCAAUGGUUGGUGUGACCUCUAGAGAGACGCAUUUCAGGGUCAACAUUGUUUCAGAUGCCUUCAAGUCAAAAAUGCAGCCAGCAAGGCACAGAAUGGUAUACACUCUGUUGAAGGAUGAGUUGGCUGCCGAGGGUGGCAUUCACGCUCUCCAGCUCAAGACUCGUACGCCUGAAGAAGAAGAGAAGGCACAAGCAUGA